GUGAGACUCACUGAGGAGACAGCGGCUUGGAGGAGGUCCAGCCUUUCCUCUCUCUUCUUCUUGGUCUCCAAGAGUCUUGUCCUGGAGCUCUGAUUGAACUGAGCCCUUGGCUUGUCUGCUGAUCUUCUCAGUGGUCCCCCAAGUAGCUAUGGACGUGGGUCUCUUGGACCUGCCGGAGGCAUCUCAGGAUCGUAGCAAGACCCUGUGGGGGUGUCGGGGCAGGGCCCCCACUGUGCGUCGGCAGCGGGAGUUCAUGCCAGACGAGAAAAAGGACACGGUUUACUGGGAGAAGCGGAGGAAGAACAAUGAGGCAGCCAAGAAAUCCCGGGAAAAGAGGCGUCUCAAUGAUGCAGCCAUUGAAGACAGGCUGGCUGCACUGAUGGAGGAGAACACCCUGCUCAGGGCUGAGCUGCGGGCACUCAAACUUCACUUUGGCCUCCUGCAGCCCACUGCUGGUCCCCGGGCCUUGCCCCUACAGGCUCUGCUAUGGGAAUCUCCCUGGACUGGGGACCCCCUGCCUGGGGCUGAAUGGCUCUCCUCUUUGCCUGCUUCCCAUGGCUGCUUAUUAAGGCCAUGUUCCCUGGAUGCUGGGAUUCCAGGAUGUCAGAGCUGCCUACUGGCUUCUAAGUGGACUGGCCUGGCUGCAUCCCCCAGAACCCCCCAGCAGUCUGCAUCCUCUGCCCCCAGCAGAAUUGACAUGGCCUUGCAGACUGCCCUCCCAGCUACUCUCUUCAGCUGUCACCUCUUGGAUGGGCAGGUGAGGCCUAGACCAGAGCUCAGGCCCUGCUGGGGGCUGUGGUCACCAAUGCUCCCUGGAUUCCAGGCCUCAGGGCCUCCAGAUAUGUUGCUGACAUCCACUGAUGACCCCAUAGGGCUGCCUCCAGGGGUGACCUGCCCUCUUCCAGGGAAUAGUUCCGAGGGUCUGACUCGGCCUUCUCUACCCCACAAACUGCGCAUCAAAGCCCGAGCCUCUGGCAGGAAAGGUGGCUGGAACACCCUUUGAGGGCUUCUCCUGGGCAGGGCCAGGCCUGCAAGUGGAUGGUUGCAGAUGAACAUGGGUUUGUCUGGGGAAUGAGAGGCUUGGCCACAGGCAAGGCCUGUAGGAAGCAGGGAUGUCCUGGCUGGGAGGGUCCACUUUUCAAUUUCCGGACCAGGCUUCUAGGAGGAAGGGAUGGUGCCCCACCUUGGAUUCUAUCAUGGCUCUUGCACUGUCCUAAAAUCUGUGCUUUGGGUUGCCACUUUUCUCCCUUCCUUCCUUCUUUCUGUCAAUUCAUCCAUCUGCCCACCUGUUCAUCCAUCUAUUUAUCCAUUCAUAUUUUUAUGCAUCCUUCUAUCCAUCAGUUCUUCAUUUUUUAUCCACCCAUCCUUUCAUCCUUCCAUCCAUCUAUCCAUUCUUCCUUUUAUCCAUUUACCCACCCAUCUAUCCUUCUUUCCAUCCAUCCACUCAUCUACCUGUUCCCUCGUCUGUCCAUCUGUCUAUCCGUUCAUCACCAUUACAUCCAUCCAUUCUUACAUCCAACUAUUGUUCCUUCCUCCUAUCCAUCUGUUUGUCAUCUAUCUAGCCAUCUGUUUUCCAUCCAUCUAUCCAUUCUUAUUUUCAUCUAUCCACCUAUCCACCUGUUCAUUCAUCUGUCUGUCCAUCCAUCCAUGC